ACGCCCCCUUGGUUUUGCAAAAAUUUCCAACUGUCAAAUGCAAUUUUCCAUUCCUCAUAAUGACUGAAGCUGUGCACUGUGCUGUGUUGAGCUAAUUUUUGCAAAUUCAUUUCUAACAACAGUUAAAAAGGCAAAAUGCAGCAAUUUUUGUGAUUCUCAAAUAAUAAAAAGGUUAAUUUAUUGUGAAAAUUAUACCAAAAGCGAAAGAAUAGACAUUUGUUCCGCCUACGAAGCAACGACGGUGCGCCACAAGUGGGUGCGACGUGUGGUAUCACUGAAACAUAUGGUAGUGAUUUUAGGUGCAUCUUUAUGAAUGAAAAAACCGGAAGAACUUCAAUUGAAAACACAAUAGAAACUCAAAAAAUUCUUGCGAAAAUAUAGCAAAACCUGUACACGGCAAGCAGAUUUGCAGCUUUUGGUCUGAUUUACAUUUGAAAUUACUACUAGCGGCGCGGCCAUGGAAGAGGUGGACGAUGAGACAUUCGAUGAUGCCAAGUCGACGCGCACAUCCGAUGAGAAUCGCAAGCAAAACCACAGUGAGAUCGAGAAGCGUCGUCGUGAUAAAAUGAACACCUACAUAAACGAGCUUUCAUCCAUGAUUCCUAUGUGCUAUGCAAUGCAUCGGAAAUUGGACAAACUGACAGUACUUAAAUAUACAGUGCAACACUUGCGUGGCAUUCGCGGCAGCGUGCAUCCUUAUAGUGGCGGUGAUUAUAAGCCAUCUUUUCUCUCGGAUCAGGAACUCAAAAUGCUUAUACUACAGGCAUCUGAAGGAUUUCUUUUCGUCGUGGACUGUGAUCGAGGACGCAUUCUAUAUGUUUCAGAGUCAGUGUCGCAAGUGUUGAACUGUUCGCAAAUGGAUCUACUCGGCCAGAGUUGGUUUGACAUAUUGCAUCCAAAGGAUGUGGCCAAAGUGAAGGAGCAGCUUUCCUCAUUGGACCCCUGUCCGAGAGAACGUUUGAUUGAUGCUAAGACUAUGUUACCCGUCAAAUCGGACAUUCCACAAAGUCUCUGCCGCCUCUGUCCGGGCGCACGACGUUCGUUCUUCUGCCGCAUGAAACUCAAAUCGAAUAAUAACCAAAUAAAAGAGGAAUCCGACACAUCCUCCAGUUCACGCAGUUCAAACAAGCGAAAAUCUAAGUUGAGUGUUGAUCACAAAUAUCGCGUUAUACAAUGCACUGGUUAUUUGAAGUCGUGGACACCGAUCAAAAAUGAAGACCAAGAUAGCGAGAGUGAAGAUAAUCUGACAAAUCAUUCCAGUUUAGUGGCCAUCGGGCGAAUACCACCGAACGUAUUGGAGUCGAAUGUGCCACCGUCAUUGGACAACCAUCCCAAUAUAAAGCAUGUGCUAUUUAUCUCAAGACAUUCGGUAGACGGAAAAUUCCUAUUCAUUGACCAGAGAGCUACACUGGUCAUAGGUUUUUUGCCGCAAGAAAUGCUAGGCACCAGCUUUUACGACUACUUCCAUCAUGAAGAUAUUCCUGCAUUGGCGGAGUCACAUAAAAUGGUCAUACAAGCGCCGGAGAAGGUGACUACGCAAGUUUAUCGCUUUCGCUGCAAAGACAAUAGUUUUAUACAGUUGCAAAGCGAAUGGAAAGCCUUUAAAAACCCAUGGACAACUGAUAUUGAGUAUAUAAUUGCGAAAAAUACAGUAUUCCUUUGAACACUCACUCAGCAGCUUUGGUACACUAUCGGGUGCAUCUGUAUGUAAUUUAGAAGAAACAGCUCUUAAACUAUUUUAAAUGUACUAAAUGUAUUGAUAUCCUUAAUAUAUACCUACAUAUAUGAAUUUUCAUUUUAGAAUUAAGUUUGUCUCAUAAACUGUUUACAUAUUUGCAUAUAAGAUGUUCAAAAAUAAAACUUCAUCUACCACACAUUCUU